AUGUCUAAAGAUUCGCCAAAAACAACGCGAAAUGAUAGAACACGUAAGGUUCGCCCUACUAUGCAGCUUUACUGUCCUAGAAUGUUAAGGACCGCUGCAGUUGACAGAAAGGUGGAUUCCAGAGAGAAAAAUGCGAAUACCGAACAUUUAGCGAAGUCAGUGAAUACUGUAAAAGAUUAUGUUAAUUUGAAUUCUCAUGUUGAUAGUCUGCUACGCAAUAGCAACUGUUCAUUAAAUGGUGGCACAUACAAAGUGGGAGAAAAUUCUAGUGAAUCACUGCGAAAAAGCAGCAACAGCAUCAACAGGUUUCACGAUCAUCUUACAGACAAUUUUGGUUCUCCAAAAAGACGACCUGGCAGACGAAAAUAUUCCAGUUCUAACAAUUGUUACAGCUCUGAAUCACUUUGUGAAGGCUGUUCUACAGAUAAUGAAAUAUAUCAUUGUAAUGGCCCUGCAAGUUCACAAAUUGGAAGCAAAGUAUCUUCCCGGAAUCAAAAAGAAACAUUCGAUCAAAAUUCAGCUCUUCCAGGUGGACCGCUAUACGCUGAUGGAACUGGUCUAAGCCGAACAAGCUUUGACCGUCGUAGUCCACUAAAUCGUCAGCGAGACUGGUCUUUCAGAAGCAAUCAGUCGGAAGAUUUCAAGCAUUGUCGCCAUCGAAACAACAAAAACAGUUGUAUCGACCGAACUAGUAAUAUACCACAAGAUACUAAUCAGGUUGCUGAAAGGAACGAAAUUUUGACGAACAAAUCUAAAGCAGUAUCAAAGCAUAUAUCCUUUCAGGACUUAUAUGCUAGUCUUGAUUCGAUCGAUUUGGCUUCAUUUGACUGGAGUUCAGAAGUGGAAGCUGAGGAACGACGUAAGAAAGAACGAGAGGAAGAGGGACGUACAGCUGAGAAACAUCCAUCACAAACAAACCCCUCAGGUUCUCAGAAUAAAAGAUCUCGACGUGCUCUCGAAUCUCUUUCUAAAUUUCAAAAUCGUUCAGGAGCUAGCAAUGGUAGUAAUGGUUUUAGUCGCUUAUACUCUAGAAACGUUAAGCUUCCAUCGGUUGGGCGUGGACGUCGUUUUACUGAUCUGUCAAGACAGCGAAAUGAUAGUUUCACAAGUCAAACAUCAAGUAUUGCCGAAAGUAUCGAAGAACAGAGUGACGUGGAAAGUGGCAGUGGUGAAAGAACACCAACUAACAGUGAUAGAAAGACGACAUUAAAUUUUUCUACGCAAGACAAUGAAACCAAAGUAGAAAGCUCUAAUCUGAAUCUUAACCAAGUUCCCAAAUCAGAUGAUUCAACUAUCAAUAACACACACCGGGACGAACAUGAAAAUAGAGGACGAAAUAAACGCGAAAAUCGGUGGAAAAUGAGGAAGCACAAUCUAGGAGAAAUAGAAGUAGUUGUGGAGCAUAGAUCUACCACUUCACAGUAUACUCGGAAUAAUACGCGCACUAGUAACAGGAAUAGCGACUUGAGUGCCCCAUCAUCUAAUAUCCUGAAAGCGACAUCGUCUGCACCCAUCAAGGGUAUUAGCGGACUGAAAAAUGUUGCGUCGAGAAACUUUCGAGAGGAAGAGAAAUAUUGUGAUGUACCAUCCGUAUCCAUUGGAUCAGCAACUCUCCUGGCGGAACUUUCAAAUGAACCACUGAAAGCUUCAGAAUCAUCAUUGGGAAGGACGAAAAGUAAUAGAUUUCGAAGGGAAUUACCACCUACUGAAUGGCCAAUACACUUAGAAAUUUCAUGCAAAGAGGGUCCACAAAUUCAGAUACUGAAUGACACAAUUAAUCAGUUGAUCGAGCGAAUAACAGAGUUUGCGGAUCUAAGUGCUGGUGAAGAAAUCCUAGUAGCCAGUGAAUCAUUAUCGGAACUUUAUUUAUCAAUUGUGACAAGAAAUAUCAGUUAUACUUAUACAAUGAAUCUGGAGCAACAUUUAUGGAAACAGUGCUUUUAUACGUCCAUAGAAGCUCUGCGCGCUGCAAGUAAUUCAACGGGGAAUUCCUCUCGCAUUUUUCGCACUAAUUUGUCGAAACUUAUCCAGCAGGGUCUAGCUUUUUAUGCACUGCUGUUGAACAAAUAUGAAGUAGCAUUUGGUUUUAUUAUCGAUGAUUAUCUGUACUGGCCUUCAAAUCUACCAUCAGAUGAUUUCGUUGGAUGUGUACUGACUGAUUCUGCGAUUCAUGAAGCAACGGACCACAUCAUUAAGGUAGCUCUGUUAUCUGCUCAAAGACUAGCAGUUUCAGUUGGUGAUUUGCAUCGUUACAGUAGCAUGGUUUCAGGUAUUAAAGAUUAUUCACAUGCAAGAGUGUGGUAUCAAAAAGCAGCACAGUUGGCUGCAGGGAACGGACGUUCUUACAAUCAGUUGGCUCUCCUCGCUGUUUAUGAGUCAAAAUGGAUUGAUGUAAUAUUCUACUACGUCCGGGCAUUGGCAGCACGCUAUCCUUUUGAAACCGCGCGACAACCACUUUUCACCGCUUUCAAUCAUGUUCAAAAAAAGGUAAGUGAAUUUGAGAUAGAGUUCAGUGCACGUGUUGGUGAUACUGCAAUACGUGAAGCGGAAGCAGCUGCGGCUCGGACUGAUAGGCCACAAGAAAUCUGGAUUGCACAAGAUGGAAAACUUUCCUCUCGGAAUUAUGCUGAUAUUACGGACCAUCGAGCUAUCCACGCAUUGCGAUCAGUUUCCACUGUUGAAUUGUUCCGCCAGGCAGUUCCAUAUUUGCUUCAUACAGCCGGACUUCUUAUUACUAAAAUUGGGAUGGAGGAAUAUGACAGUAUUAGUGAACGAGCAUUAUUCCAACUAUCACAGUUAAUAUCACGUGAUGAGUGUCCACUUUCGUCUUUACACCUCAUACAACUGUGCACUCUUUUUCUUUACGCUGUUCAUAGCUUAACUCUUAAAAAUAGUGAGCCAGGAACUUGUUCUUUACAACAGCAGCAAGCAGUACAAAUGGUUUUAAGUUUAUUCGGAGUAAUUUUAAAACCAGUGUACGAUGUGUUGUCAGAUUUGUCGAAAAUUCUGAACGGUUCUGUUCGCUUGCCAUCAAAGACGCGUCGAGUAUUGCCAGCUGUUUUUGUUAUUUCUGAGUGGUUGUCGAUGCCGUCCGUAAAUCGUUUAUACAGAAGUAUGCCAUCGUUGGAAUCCAUCCAAACUUCACUUAUACAAGUUGAUACUUGGAAAUUAUUUGCCGAUGUUGCGAAUACUUUAGUAAACGCUGAAUCUAGAGGAAUUUUAUCAAGGACUGUUACACAAUCUGAUGGAAAAUCGGAAGAAUAUGUAGAAAUUAUACUUCCGGAAGCAGUUUUUUUGGCAUCUUUUAUUGAUGUGUUUACUGCAUUGCCAAAAUCGUUACAGAUGCUGUCCUUAGAAAACAUCGAUCUUCGCAAUAAUCUAUCUCUUCUGGCUCUUCAUGCUCGUUUAUCGUCCCUUUUAUCAACAGCAGAAUAUUUGGAUGGCUCAGAACUGCCGUGCUUUGGAUUUGAUGAGUAUUUGCGUUGUUUUGCUGCAACCCAUUGUACUUCACCAGUUACCGUUCAAAGUACAGAAACAAGAAAAUCUAUGGCUGACUUUGAUCGGCAGUUUGAUAACUUAGAAUUUUCACAUGAGGCAAUGAAGCAAGAUUUAAGUCAUUUUUCCGACGAGUACAAACAUUAUAGACAAACGGUUCGCGAAAAUCAAGUAAAACAGAAGCUUCUGGAACGUGAAACGAUGGGAAAUCGAGUGAUUAUUGAAGUGCGUCCGAAGUAUUUGGUGCCAGAUACGAAUACGUUUAUUGACCACUUGGCGUCUAUUAGAAAAAUUGUUGAAAGUCACCGAUUCACUGUACUUGUACCAACAACUGUUUUCUCAGAAUUAGAGAAUCUUUCGCGUCUUUCUCCUUCGCCAAAAUCCGCUGUUGGAGUGUUAGAUGAUUUUCAAGAUUACUGGGUUGGUGAACGAGCGAAAGAGGCAGUCGCUUAUCUGAAAGAUUUGGUUGGCAAACAAGUACCUCAGGUCUACACAAUAACCAGUAAAGGAAAUUUGCUAACUUCGCUCAUGUUUGCUACGGAGGAAAUUUGCGCUUCAGGAGAAUUGAAAGCAGUGAAUGACGAUUUUAUUCUGUCAAGCUGUGUGAACUUUGCGAAAACUCGAGCUAAACCUCCAAAUGCCAUAGCAACAGCUCAAUCAUCAUCGGUAUCUAUGAUGGAUACAGAACAGCUAACAAAACUUUAUCGAAAUGUUGUUUUAUUAACUGAAGAUCGUGCACUGAAUAUCAAAGCUAUAUGCGAAAAUAUACCGUGCAGGACAGUUCCAAGUUUCAUGAAAUGGGCAUCUCUUAGAUAG